GAGGCCCGCCGCUGACCCGGGUUGAGCACCCACCGCAGGCCCCGGCUGAGACCCCGCCAUGACCUGGAGCGCCUCGGCGCGGGGCGCGCAGCAGCCCGACAACACCGCCUUCACGCAGCAGCGCCUCCCCGCCUGGCAGCCGCUGCUGUCGGCCGGCAUCACGCUGCCGCUCUUCUUCUGCGCCGGCCUGGCGUUCAUCGGCCUGGGACUGGGCCUCUUCUACUCCUCCAACGGCAUCCAGGAGCUGGAGUACGACUACACCGGCAACCCCGGCACCGGCAACUGCUCGGUGUGCGCCGCCAAGGGCCAGGACCGCGCGCCGCCGCCCAGCUGCCAGUGCUCCUGGAGCUUCACGCUGCCCGAGCUCUUCCCGGGCCCCGUGUACCUCUACUACGAGCUGUCCAACUUUUACCAGAACAACCGGCGCUACGGCGUGUCCCGCGACGACGCUCAGCUCAGCGGCCUGGCCAGCGCGCUGCGCCACCCGGCCAACGAGUGCGCCCCCUACCAGUUCAGCUCCGACGGCCUGCCCAUCGCGCCGUGCGGCGCCAUUGCCAACAGCCUCUUCAACGAUUCCUUCUCGCUCUGGCACCAGCGCCAGCCCGCGGACCCUUUCGUCGAGGUGCCGCUCGACCGCACCGCCAUCGCCUGGUGGACUGACUACCACGUCAAGUUCCGCAACCCGCCGCUGGUGAACGGCAGCCUGGCGCUGGCCUUCAAGGGCACGGCGCCGCCGCCCAACUGGCACCGGCCGGUUUAUGAGCUCAGCCCGGAUCCCAACAACACCGGCUUCAUCAACCAGGACUUCGUGGUGUGGAUGCGCACCGCAGCGCUGCCCACGUUCCGCAAGCUGUAUGCGCGCAUCCGCCAGGGCAACUACUCGGCCGGUCUUCCCCGGGGCACUUACCGGGUCAACAUCACCUACAACUACCCCGUGCGCGCCUUCGGCGGCCACAAGCUUAUCAUCCUUAGCAACAUCUCAUGGAUGGGUGGCAAGAACCCUUUUCUGGGCAUCGCCUACCUGGUCGUCGGCUCCCUCUGUAUCCUCAUGGGCUUUGUCAUGCUGGUCGUCUACAUUCGCUACCAGGACCAGGAUGACGACGACAAUGACGAUGAGUGAUCUUGCCUCCCCUUCCUGCUUCUUGGCCAAGCCGCAUUUAGCGGUGGUAGCCCUUUGCUCCUAACACAACUUAAGGCUCACUGAUCUGUUGUUGUGGACGAAGGGCCUGAAGAAGGGAAUUACACGCUCACUCUUAAGAGAUACGGGACUGUUCUCAGGUUUUGGACUGCAGAGUGACACAUCUUGCCAUUUCUGCCCAUCUCCCCCGUGGCUUACCGGGUGGACAUGGCAGGUCCUUAAAGUCUACAGCAUUCCAGGGCAAAGGACACGGAAGAUUCCUGGAUUGGAACUCAUUAAGACCAACAGCCAGCAGUUGGAUCCCAUUCUGAAUCUAAGCUUUUGUUCCUCCCUCUAAGCUUCAGCCACCCUCAGCUUUCUGGGAGGAAGAUACCGGAUGGGGUGGGGAAGUGUUGGGAUGGAAAAUUAUGUCCACUGAUGGCCUACAGAAGCUUGGGGGAGUGGGAAAAGCACAUUUGUUAAAAUCUAAGUCGAUGAAGAGGCGCCAGGCCCCUCAGGUUCUGAUACAGUAAGGCCAGGAUGAGCAAGCUUCUCUGGAGUCCCUGUGCCCUUAAAUUUGGGAAUGCUGACCCAGGUUGGGCCUGAAGUACUCACCUGAGCUCUGUUUUUCCUGUAAUAAUUUGUUCCCACGAACGGUGGCAAUCAUAGUGUUGGUGUUUGCUCUUGAGCAUAGGAAGGAAGCUUGCAAUUUAUGGGACAAGUGAGAAAAAUUGCUAGGUCUAGGAAGCUGCAGAUCUGCAGGGCCAAAGCGCGUCAUUAAACGUGAAAGCAAACUUAACAAGAGGCUGUGUAAAACUUUGAAAAUGCAAGCGCAGUUUGCAUGGCUCAGGGGGAAGUGUUUUAACCUGAAAAACCGGACUGCAAAUGAUCUUGGUGAGGAGCUGUUUCCUUGGGACCUUGAGGGACCGACUUCUGCCUGACUUCUCACCCCCCCCCCCCUUUUGAAUGAAUCAUCGUCUUUUUUUUUUUUUUUUUUGAUGCUGAAGGGAAUAAUUUAGUUAACUUUGUGUUAUUUUCACAAAGAAUUAUCUUAAGUCAGUGUCAACUCUCAAAUGAAACGCAUUUCUAGUGAUCACGUUUAAGAAUGAUGAGGGAUAGAUAUAUUCUUAUAAGCAAAAUAGACUCGGGAUUAUUUUAGCCUUUAAGAUAAUGUUAAAAUUACUGGGCUGAUUUUAUUUGAUUGCCUACAAUUGAUAUAAAGCUAGUCUCAGAGACAAUUGGGACAUUUUUAUUUUAAACCAUCCCCCCCUUUUAUGGAACAAUAAUUUAAAAGAAAAUUAAAAAUAAAAUUUUCCAUGAUACUGUCUUCCAGGUUCCCUGAAGAAAAGUUACUUGGCAUUUGUCAGGGUGCUCUGGGCUGACUCCCUAGUGCAGUUAUUUUCUGGUUGCUGGUGUAUUUUCAUUCCUCGAAGGCAGCACAGGUCUUGGAGUAUGUUUUAUGGCUGUCAGAUGUUGAGCUACGGUGAUUAUUUCCAUUCAUUCUAUUCUUCUGUUUUAGUUAAUACUUAUUUUUAGAUGAACAGCAUGCCUAAGAUUAAAAAGUGACUUAAAAUAACUUUUAUGCAUAUCAAAGAAAUUCUUUAGCAAUUCCAAUGUGUUGGCUUUCUGACUUCCGAAUGUGAUAACAUUUAAUAUCAGGUCACAUCUUGUGAUAUUCUUGACUAUGUAAGCUGAACGUGACACUGUACUUCAGAACGCUUUAUUUAUUAUGGAUGCUUGGUUGAUCAGCUCUCCUCUGUGUCAGGUAAAGACGUUUGCUUCAUUUCCCCCUAUAUAGUUGAGGGUAACUAUAUUUCAUUUUGUAGAGCAUUAAUCUUUUUGUUAUAAGUUUUUAUAUGAGACCAUGAAACCUAAGUCCUGGGAUUAAAUCGUAGUUUCCAGGCUUUGUUUUCGAGGUUUUUGAAAGAGAAUAAAGGUUGUAUUUGUCUUUCUCUGUUA